AAUUAAAAAUAAAUCAAUUUAAUUAAAUAAAAGAGUAAUAAAGUUUUCAGUGUCAAAGAGCUUCAAAAUUGUGAUGUUUAGAGUUUCUGUGCCAUAUACAGAUACUGGCUGUUGUUUUGAUCUGUAUUUGGAUAACUCAGAACAGAUCACCUGUGAGAAGCUGUUUAUGAGGAGAGUAAAUAAAGAACGGUUGUUUCUAUAAGUUUUGUAUAGUAUUUUCUUUACUGUUUAAUUCAAAAUCUUUGUCUAAAGAGGGUAAUAUUUCAUGUAUUUGAGAUCUGAGAUGCAGGAACAGUGAAGAGAGAGAGAGGGAAACAUCGCCGUCUAAUCAGCCAAUGUUGAGUUUGCGUGAGUUUUCUGCUGUUUGCAUCUGUGUUGUCUGGUGGAUCCAAAUAAAAGAGUAAAUGUGUGUGUGUUUGAGGUAAAUAUAUCGCGGCCUCGCAGCGUCCGGACGGCUCGUGGAGGAGACCGCGGCGCGUGAAGGACGGAUUCGUUCCUCAGGAGGAGGUCCCGGUCUAUGAGAACAAGUACGUCAAGUUCUUCAAGAGCAAACCCGAGCUGCCGCCUGGCAUGAGCCCCGAGGACGAGACACAGAGCGACGCCGCCGCACUCUCCAAGACCGCCAAACGCAACAUGAAGCGCAAAGAGAAGCGCAAACAGCAGAGUCCGCAGGAGGCCCCGAGCGCGGAGCUGGAGCACAUGAGCCUCGCCGCAGAGGAGCAGACCGCCAGCGACUCGACAGAGAAGGCCAAGAAGAUGAAGAACCUGCGGAAGAAGCUGCGGCAGGUGGAGGAGCUCCAGCAGAAGGUGGACUCUGGAGAGCUGAAGACCCCCAGCAGGGAGCAGCUGGACAAACUGAGCCGGGGCCAGGCCUUACGGGACGAGCUGAGGCUGCUGGAGGCAGAUCUCUGAGUGUUUGUUCGUCAGUUCAAGCUGUAACCACUUCAUUCUUGUGUUUUAUACAUCAUGAAGAAACAUGGCGGCGUCCUGCGCUCUGGACUCUAGAUGCGGGUCGUCCAGAACUCGCACGAGCGCAGACGUCAGGCCAUAGCUUACAGACUGAUGGACUGUGCUGUCGUCGUUUUUUACCAUCGUAGUGCAUAACAGCAUGAAGUUAUGAUGUGUAGGCUUGUGUUAUAUUAAACAUGGCAUAAC